UCCCGCGUGGGCAGGCGGCUGGCCAGGAGCACAUUCCCCUAGCCUCCUUAUGCGCCAGCCCCGCGGCGUUGGGAAGCUCCUCCCUGGCCUUUCCUUCCUCCUCCUCCUCCUCCAUCUAGGCGGCAGUGGCGGGCGAAGCGUGAGCGCUGCGGUAUUUUGUCCCGAACGGUGACCCCUCCUCCCAGGCAGGCUGUGGCGGCGUCGGUGGCAGCAGAGCACGGAGGAGAGGCCCAGGCGGCCCGGCGGCCUGGAGGCCGCGAAAGGUGGAGGCCGGGCCGCCCUUGUGCACAGCAGGAUUGACCCGGGAAGGGGCAGAAGCUAGUGAGCCCCGCCCGGCAGCCGGGAAGGUGGGGGAAGCCCCGUGCACCCCCCGCCCUCCGGCCGCCGCCGCCCCGCUGGCCCUGCAGCCGUCGCCGCUGCCUCGGGCUACAGCCCCGGGCUCGGCGGUCCCGGCUGGGGAAGGAGGGCGGCGAGCGCGUCCGGAGCCGCCGGAGAUGGCGGGAGGGCACUGCGGCAGCUUCCCCGCGGCAGCGGCUGGCAGCGGCGAGAUCGUCCAACUGAACGUGGGGGGGACCAGAUUUAGUACCUCAAGACAAACUCUUAUGUGGAUUCCAGAUUCUUUUUUUUCCAGUUUGCUGAGUGGGAGAAUUUCAACACUUCGAGAUGAAACUGGUGCUAUAUUUAUUGAUAGAGAUCCAGCAGCAUUUGCACCCAUUUUAAAUUUUCUUCGGACAAAAGAGCUAGACUUAAGGGGAGUGAGUAUUAAUGUUCUCAGGCAUGAAGCAGAAUUUUACGGGAUCACUCCAUUAGUAAGAAGGCUUCUCUUAUGUGAAGAAUUGGAGCGUUCCUCUUGUGGCAGUGUCCUUUUUCAUGGUUACUUGCCCCCACCAGGUAUUCCUAGUCGUAAGAUAAACAACACAGUCAGAUCUGCUGAUUCUAGAAAUGGACUAAAUUCUACAGAAAGUGAAGCCCGGGGAAAUGGUACGCAGCCUGUUCUGUCUGGAACGGGAGAAGAAACUGUUAGGCUAGGAUUUCCUGUGGAUCCACGAAAGGUGCUAAUAGUAGCUGGCCAUCACAACUGGAUUGUAGCUGCAUAUGCCCAUUUUGCUGUGUGUUACAGAAUCAAAGAAUCUUCAGGAUGGCAGCAAGUGUUUACGAGCCCAUAUUUGGAUUGGACUAUCGAACGAGUAGCUUUAAAUGCAAAGGUGGUUGGAGGGCCACAUGGAGACAAAGACAAAAUGGUUGCUGUUGCCUCAGAGAGUAGCAUCAUCUUGUGGAGUGUUCAGGAUGGGGGAAGUGGAAGUGAAAUUGGAGUGUUCAGCCUGGGUGUUCCUGUAGAUGCUCUCUUCUUUAUUGGUAACCAGUUGGUGGCCACGAGUCAUACAGGGAAAGUGGGAGUGUGGAAUGCUGUCACUCAGCACUGGCAGGUUCAAGAUGUUGUUCCUAUAACUAGUUAUGACACUGCUGGAUCAUUCCUUCUGCUGGGAUGUAACAAUGGAUCAAUAUAUUACAUAGAUAUGCAGAAGUUCCCCUUGCGAAUGAAAGAUAAUGAUCUUCUUGUAACUGAACUGUAUCAUGAUCCUUCAAAUGAUGCUAUCACUGCUCUGAGUGUUUACCUCACACCCAAAACAAGUGUCAGUGGUAACUGGAUUGAGAUCGCCUAUGGUACGAGCUCUGGAGCAGUACGAGUGAUUGUACAACACCCAGAGACAGUUGGGUCAGGUCCUCAGCUUUUUCAGACUUUCACAGUUCACCGAAGUCCUGUAACAAAAAUCAUGCUAUCAGAGAAGCAUCUUGUAUCAGUCUGUGCAGAUAAUAAUCAUGUCCGGACGUGGACAGUAACACGAUUCAGAGGAAUGAUCUCUACUCAGCCAGGUUCUACUCCUUUAGCGUCAUUCAAGAUACUAUCCCUGGAGGAGACAGAAAGUCAUGGUAGCUAUUCCUCUGGAAAUGACAUAGGACCUUUUGGAGAGCGAGAUGAUCAACAGGUGUUUAUCCAGAAAGUUGUUCCCAUCACCAACAAACUAUUUGUAAGACUCUCAUCUACUGGAAAAAGAAUAUGUGAGAUCCAGGCUGUUGACUGUACUACAAUAUCCUCAUUUACAGUGAGGGAAUGUGAGGGAUCCAGUAGGAUGGGCUCAAGACCAAGGCGCUACUUGUUCACAGGCCAUACAAAUGGCAGCAUUCAAAUGUGGGAUCUGACCACUGCUAUGGAUAUAGUUAACAAAAGUGAAGAUAAGGAUGUAGGUGGUCCAACCGAAGAAGAGCUACUCAAAUUACUGGAUCAAUGUGAUUUGAGCACAUCUCGCUGUGCUACUCCUAACAUCAGUCCGGCAACUUCCGUAGUUCAGCAUAGCCACUUACGAGAAUCAAAUUCUAGCCUUCAGCUUCAGCACCAUGAUACCACCCAUGAAGCAGCUACUUACGGUUCCGUGAGGCCUUACAGAGAAAGUCCUUUAUUAGCAAGGGCAAGAAGGACUGAGAGCUUUCACAGUUAUAGGGACUUCCAGACUAUUAAUUUGAACAGAAAUGUAGAAAGAGCUGUCCCUGAAAAUGGUAACUUGGGUCCAAUACAAGCUGAAGUGAAAGGGGCAACAGGGGAAUGUAAUAUAUCUGAGAGAAAGUCUCCUGGAGUAGAAAUAAAAAGUUUGAGAGAAUUGGAUAGUGGAUUGGAAGUGCAUAAAAUAGCUGAAGGUUUUUCAGAAUCCAAGAAAAGGUCAUCAGAAGAUGAAAAUGAAAAUAAAAUAGAGUUUAGGAAGAAAGGAGGAUUUGAAGGGGGAGGAUUCCUUGGAAGAAAGAAAGUUCCCUAUCUGGCAUCAUCACCAAGUACUUCCGAUGGAGGAACUGACUCACCUGGUACUGCGUCCCCAUCUCCUACAAAGACUACUCCAUCUCCUCGGCAUAAAAAAAGUGAUUCUUCAGGUCAGGAGUACAGCUUGUGAAAACUCACCAAAAUGAAUAGUUGUUCCGUUACAUUUAGAUGAAAGUUAAACUUUACUGAAUUUCAAUACAUUAGUUUUUACACUAAAACUUUACAAGAUAAAAUUGGACUUCAUUUAGUAUCUUUUUAACAGAAUUACUUGGAAUAAUGAAAUACAAUAAUCAUAUCUCUUUUGACAUUUUGGAAAUUUUUUUAAUUUUACAAGUACAUUUAACAGAUGAUUUAUAAAGCAGGAGUCCAUUUUAACACUUACCAACUUUUUUUGGUUUGGAAACAUAUUACCACGUCUUAAUAGGAUGGUGCCCAUAUAGGUGAGCAUCCCUUUAGAUCAUGGGAACCAGCAGACUGCAUUCCUAAUCUUCAUUAUGCCUGAGACUUGUCUUGCAAUGUUACCUUUAAGUGAAUCACAUAAUUGUCUUUGGAACUUGGUCUCCCAACCCUUAUUGUGAUUGCAAAGUGUUUACCAGAUAUUUGAUGAGGUGCUAUGUUUGUGAAAAACAUAUCAUGUAAUUCAAAAACACUAUUGAUAUUGAAUACCAGAUGCCACUAUGUAGUAAGUCUUUUAGGAUGAUUUUAAUUUAGUCUUGCGUCAUUUUCUGAUUCUCAUCAUUGGGAGUUCUUAAAUCUUAGCAAGCAUUAGCAAUAUUAAAUGCCAAAAUUCCAUUGAAACUUUCAAGUUGGAGCAAUUGUCUGUGUUUGAAAAGAUGAAAUAAAAAUAAUAAUCAAGGGCAAAGCUUUGAGUGCCCAGAAGGGAAAGCCGUACUAGUUGCUAACCUGUCUUGUUUUAGGAGCCACUGUUUUUUUUUUUCAGUGUUAACAAUCAUGUUAAUUAAAUUAAAACACUAUUUUGUUCACUUGUAGGACUGCAGUUCUGAAUUUUGGGUUCAAGAUUUUGGCUGCUGUAAGAAUGUGAAUUUGAAUGUAUUUUGAAUUGUAAGAGCAAAAGAACGUUUUUGUACAAUUUUUUUUUUCAUUUAAUUGGAAUGAUCUUCAGGUUUCUACAAAUAGGGUAAUUGUAAAUUUAAAGCAUUAGCAUUUAUUGGUGAAUAAUGUAUAUAUCCCCAUUCUAAGAAAUAUAAGUGAGUGAAGUUGAAAUAAAAUCUUUAAAAUUUACUAUAUUGCCAGUGGUUUCACAACAGUUCUCUUGUAUUUAUUUAUCAAUUAAAUAAAAAAAAUGAUUAUGUCAA